CUAACUGCUGGGGGAACCCAGGAGGGCUUGUCUCCCUGCCAUCUGAAGAAAGCCAAGCUCAUGUUCUUCUACGCACGCUAUCCCAGCUCCAACACGCUCAAGACGUACUUUCCUGAUGUCAAGUUUAACCGCUGUGUGACCUCCCAGAUGAUUAAAUGGUUCAGUAACUUCAGAGAGUUCUUCUACAUCCAGAUGGAGCGCUUUGCACGCCAGGCUGUCCGCGAGGCUCUCACACGGGAUGGAGCGCCUCGUCUGGCCAGAGAGAGUCAGAUGCGAGUGGGGCGCGAUACAGAGCUUUACCGCAUACUGAACAUGCACUACAACAAAAGUAACAUCUAUCAGGUCCCAGAGCGGUUCAUUGAGGUAUCCGAGGUGGCUCUGAGGGAGUUUUACUCAGCCAUUUGGACUGGGAGAGACAGUGACCCCUGCUGGAAGAAAGGGAUCUAUAAAAUCAUCUGUAAGCUCGACAGUCCCGUACCAGAUACCUUCAGACUGCCUGGUUGUCCUGUUGGCUGAUGAUGGAACUAUUUUCAUCUGGUACACAUGGUAGACAAGUGCAUGCAUAACUCCCAAGCUCACUGGAAAAAAGAGAAUUUUAUCAAAGCCUUCACCAACUGUACAACACUGUAAGAACUGAUCAAAUCCAAACAAUUCUACUAUUUGCUUAAUUCAGAAUUCAGUCAUUUUGAGAAAAAUAUCAUUUUAGAGGAUAAUAUAUAUAUAUAUAUAUAUAUAUAUACAUAUGACAUA